UUUGUGUGUUUUUUUUAAUUUAAGGCCACGAGUCUCAAAAACUCGCGGCAGCAGACGUGGUGGUCGUGACCGUGGUCGCCAUAUUAAUAAUGAUCGGGGCCCUCAAGAAGGUUUGGGCACUCGAGAAGAAGUAGAGACUCGGGGGAUUGUGCACGCUAGGGGCAGUACACGUACUAGGGGUGGUGUGCGGAGUAGGGGUGGUGUGCGCACUAGAGGCGGUGUACAGAGAAGGGGCGGUGUACGCACUAGGGGUGGCGCAAAUACAUCGCACCCGUUUUGUCUAGAAAGGUAAAUAUAAUAUUACUUAACACAAAUAGAGGUAAAUAACUAUUACGUAGGUACUAUUACAGUCAAAAUUUAAAUCAGUAUUUAUUAAUUUAUGUUUCUCUAUUUUUAGCAUUUAUUGAGGCCCUCUUAAAGACUGGCCAAGUGGCUUGGCCAUCGAAGUUCCUUUACGGAAAAAGUAAGUAACUAUCUACAUUAUAUUUAAUUUAGAUGUUUUUUUUUUCGUAUUUUAAAUAUUCUUUGUAUUUCAGAUUUUUUAGGAGGACGACACCGAGUCCCGAACCCGCACGUUCAAGAACUCCCAUACUAGUACAGCAUGAUGAAAUACUAUCUGCAGCUGAAACAUUAGCAGCGCUGAGUUCAGCCCCGCCAUCGCCUGGUCACCAAGGAGCCAUAUCCCAUAUAUUAUCGGCAGCUGAAACAUUAGCAGUUCUGAGUUCAAAUCCGCCGUCGCCUCUUUUAGACAAAGAAGCCAGCUGGCCCUCGUUGCCCCGUGAUUUUGAGUUAGUAUAACAACUAGUACAAUUUUCUCGUGCCUACGCAGAUAAUUAUUUCUUGACUAGUUUUUGCACUUUUGCAGAUUGUUUGAUACUGCAGUUGCAUCACGAGUCGCUUCACCUGCACUUUCAUUAGUUUCAAACGCACCUUCUCCAAUAGUGUGAGUAUUUUUAUUACUUAUAUAAAUUAUUUACUUCUAUUUUCUUUAUUACUUAUUAUUUUUACAAUAUUGUGUCCCAGAAAGAUUACGUGGUUAUAUUUUGUUUUUAUUUACAGAAAUAUUGAAGUCGACACGGUUCAGACAUCUGCCCUUAGAACAGUGCGCCUUCCCAAACGCAGAGCGGAAUCUCCUUCCUAUCAGUAAGUAUCACUUCAUAAUUAAAGAAUAAUAUACCCGUGAUUCUUUUAUGUUAAUAAUAAUAAAAACUAUCUUUUCAGAUCUCCUGCAGUUUGUCGUGGCCAUCCUCGUCCAUUAAAGGACUCAGAAAUAGAAAAUGUCCUUUUCUAUGGCAAAUACCUACUUUAAUAAUCGCUCAUUUCACGUUUAGAUAAAUAGCUUUUAGUUUGUUAUAAUGAGCUGACAUUAUAUCCUUUGUCUGGCAGGAAGCGAGGAAGAUGAUAGUGAUGACGAAGAGACUGAGGAGCUGGCGCCUGUUAUUGUGCCAAGACGACGAAGAAGUCGAAAGUCCCAGUCAGGCUCAAGCAGAUCUGCGUUGGCCACCAAUCCGGCCCGUCCAACCAGCCCAGCAAGAAGCUGCGAUUCCAAUUGAAGCUCCUACUGAAACUCCGACUGAAAUCUCACUUUUUUUGCCUUCAACAGAUGGGAUACAAAUGGAGCCUAUUAAUAAAUUUGAUUUUAAAUGGAGACAGAUUCCACCACAAUUGAGGAGGGAGCAUUUUAUACAAAAUACAGGGCCAACUCGGGCAUAUGUCGAUCCAUAUGAUGCAUUUGUUGCUAUUUGGGAUCGCCCAAUUAUGGAGCAUAUUGUUAGAGAAACAAAUAAAUAUGCAGAACAGCUUUGCGAGGCAAUAAUCGUCCAAGGCAUUGCCCCGAAUAGCCGGAUUACAAAGUGGGUGGAUACCUCGGUAGAUGAGUUAUACACCUACUUUGCGAUAAUACAAGCCACCGGUAUUGUAAUAAAAUCCCGCUUGGAAGAGUAUUGGUCAACAUCAGCCAAUAUUUUUAUCACCCCUGAAUUUUCGGCCGCAAUGUCUUAUGACCGUUUUUGUCUUCUGAACAAAUGCCUACAUUUUAAUGACAAUGCUUUAUGUUCGACGGAAAGAUUAAACAACAGUGAGGCGAAAUUACAUAAGUUGCAGCCAAUAUUGCAGCAUCUUAAUGACAAAUUCACUUCACUGUACAUGCUAGGGCAAAACAUUGCACUUGAUGAAAGUUUGACGAUGUGGAAGGGUCGCUUAAAUAUUAAGCAGCACAUCCCAAACAAAGCAGCGACAGUAGGCAUCAAGACGUACGAAAUAUGUGAAUCUCAGACGGGAUUCCUGUGGCGUUUUGAGGUAGAAGCACGCCAAGUCUCCACGAGCGAAGAAAAAACAAAUCCGCUGUCAGGGAAGAUACCGACUUUGGUGCUUAGGCUUUUACGAGGAUUAGAGCACAAAGGACACACUGUCUGGAUGGACAACUUCUACAAUUCCCCUACUCUUGCAAGAGAGCUCAAAGUACAGGGGUUCGACUGCGUCGGAACUCUGAGGACUAACCGCCAAUAUGUACCUGCUGAGUUGACAAAUUUACAACUAAAAGACAUGGCCGUUGGUCAAGUUUGUGGAUGCACCUCUGGGGACGUCGAUCUAAUUGUGUGGAGGGAUAAAAACCGAAUAGCUCUUAUAUCUACUUACCAUGGCUUAACUACAGUGGAGGAUGCAGACACAAUUAAGCCUGCUUUAAUAGCUGACUACAACAUUUGCAUGGGGGGAGUCGAUAAAAAGGACCAAAUGCUUGCCAUGUACCCCAUAGAGAGAAACCGAAAUAAAAUCUGGUACAAAAAAAUUUUUAGAAGACUUUUAAACGCUAGCACAUUAAAUGCAUUUAUUUUGCUUAAGGCAUUCAAACAAUUUACUCAUAGGCAAUUUAGGCAAACAUUGGUGUUACAGUUAUUAGAACGCCAUAACACUAACAGAAGUCGCAAUCGACCUGCUUUACUAUCCCAACGGCAUGUGCAGCAACACUUUGAGCGACCCGCCGCAGGGUCUAAUGACACUAAGCGUCAUAUUCGACGCAAAUGUGUUGUUUGCUCGAAAAGAACGACAACUUUCUGUGAAGGCUGUAGUGGCAAGGCUCUUUGCGUACCUAAAUGCUUUUCUCAGUAUCAUGAAUAACUUGUGCUUAUUUAUGACAUUGUGAGAAUUUGGUAGAUAAUUGUCUGUGGUAAUACAAACACAAAAAAUGGAGUGUAUGUCUCUAUAAAAUAA